CAAACAAGCAACUAAAAGGAAACAAGCCUGUAGGAUAGGGUUGUGUUUUGCUUCAAUUGGAGCCGUUAAAUAUCAAAUUCAAUCCUCUCCGGGUGCUGUUGGGGGAACCUGUUUCCCUGAGACCUAGGGUUCCAGACUUCAGGUUCAAUUCCAGUCGGCUCUAAGAAGUUUAUCAAGGAAAGUGAUCUAUGAUCGCAGGGUCUGACUAAAGCAAGGCCUGGGGGAGAUGCAGCCGGCAGGGUAUCUGGGUGUGAGAGUGGAGGAGGAACUUUUCUCUGUUGAGAAGGCGAUGCUGGCUGAGAGCAGUGAGUACUUCCGGGCUCUUUUCGACUCAGGAAUGCGGGAAUGUUCCCAGCAGGAAAUCCGGGUGCAGGGGCUGACAGCACGUGGCUUUAGGAUCCUGCUCCAGGUUCUGGCGGGCGAGAGGCCAAUCCUGGCGGGCGAGGAAAUCAUCGACGCGAUAGAGUGUGCCGCUUUCCUCAUAGCCAAGCCUCUGUCAGAGCACAUGGUGCACACCAUCAGCUCCAGUAACUGUGUCCUGAUGUUCCAGGCAGCGGCCACCUAUGGGCUGUUUGACUUGACCCAGGCCUCGGCUCUGUUCAUGAGAGAUCUUUACCCCAACGUCAGGGAGGAACUGAGAUGUUUGCCCAAAGAUGAGCUGAGUUACAUCGAGUCCUUUUCUCCUAGCACCUUGGUGUCCGUGGCCACUCACACGCCCUCCCAGGGCUUCCUGGAUGACGUGUUCAGGACCUUCUGUUACCUGGACGAGGGUGAGAAUGUGUGGAAGACACUGACGGCCUUGCCGGACAAGGCUACCACCUCUCUGGCCGGCGUCACCAUGAUGGGCAACAACAUCUACAUCGUGGGGGGGGUCUGCGCCUACAACAAGCGGCUGGUGGAGCUCAGCUUCUGCUACAACACGGCCGAGGAUCGCUGGAACGAAUUCCCUUGCCCUCAGCAGCUCCGCUACAGCCUGACCCUGACGGGACAGGACGGGAGUCUUUACGCCCUCGGUGGGAUGUAUCAGAACGUGGCUCUGGCCUCCGUGGAGCGAUACCAGGUGGCGACCAGCACAUGGUCCUCAGCAGCCCACCUGCCCAGGCCGGCCGAGAGCGUGGCUUGCACCCGGGCCAUGGGCCGGAUCUUCGUGUGCCUCUGGCUCCCCAUGGACACCACCGAUAUCUACGAGUAUCGGUGCGCGGAGGACACCUGGGCCUUGGUGACCACCUUGAGACGGCCCCAGAGUUACGGCCACUGCAUGGUGGCUCACGCCGACAACCUGUACGUCAUGCGCAACGGACCGGCGGACGACUUCCUGAGAUGCGCCAUCGACUGUUUCAACCUGACCCGGCACCAGUGGAGCGCGCUGUCCGGCCAGUACGUCAACAGCAAAGGGGCGCUGUUCACCGCGGUCGUCAGAGGGGACUCGGUCCUGACGGUUAACAGAAUGCUGACCUUGGUCUAUGAUAUUCAGAACGACAAGUGGAAGCCGGCCAAGGAGAAGAGGGGCUUUCCUCGCAGCGGGUCCAUGCACACCUUCCUACUCAGGCUGCCCAACCAGAGACCCGCAGCUCUGCACCCCGAACUGCCUUCAUAAUGAUAGUCCUUGCAUUUGAUACAGCGCCUUAUCGCGU